AUGUCAUCUACCUCGAAUUACACCACUCUCAUCUUCGACAUUGGUAAUGUUUUGUUCUCUUGGUCCCCGCAGACCACAACCUCCAUAUUCUCAAACACCCUACGUGAAAUUCUUUCCUCCCCUACAUGGAUUGACUACGAGAGGGGGAGGAUUUCCCAGGCUGAGUGCUAUGCUGCGGUCGGCGGCGAAUUCUCUGUAGACCCCACAGAGGUUGGUCGUGCGUUCCAAGAUGCUCGUGACUCUCUGCAGUCCAACGAAGAGCUCAUAUCGGUUAUUCGACACCUCAAAGCACACUCGGAUGGGAUGCUACAUGUCUUCGCCAUGUCAAACAUUUCUGCGCCUGACUAUGAAGUUCUUCGUACCAAGCCUGUUGAUUGGUCGUUGUUCGACGGCAUCUUCACCUCCGCCGGCGUUGGCGAGCGGAAGCCUAACCUUGGCUUCUACAAGGCAGUGAUUUCAGGCACAGGGGCUGACCCGUCCCGCACUAUUUUUGUGGACGAUAAAAUAGAGAAUGUCCUCUCCGCGCGUUCGCUUGGAAUGCAUGGUAUUGUUUUCGACGAUCAACGUAAAGUCGUCCGCGCGCUUUAUAACCUACUUGGAGACCCUGUCGAAAGGGGCAGACAAUACUUGACCGUGAAUGCGAAGAAACUCCUAUCUGUAACUGACAACGGCAUUUUCUUACGGGAGAACUUCUCUCAGCUUCUGAUACUAGAGGCGACUGACAACCGGGGUCUCGUCAAUUUGACUGAUACACAUCGGACGUGGAAUUUCUUUCAAGAAAAACCAUUGUUUACUGAAGAGUUUCCUUUUGACCUGGAUACCACGUCCCUUGGGUUGACCGUAAUGGGCAGCCCUGAAGACGUAGCACACUCCAUCAUGGAUGACAUGCUUGACUACACUGAUGACGAUGGGAUUAUUCAAACAUACUUUGACCACCGCCGACCUCGAUUUGAUCCAGUUGUAUGCGUCAACGCGCUCACGUUGUUCUAUUCUUAUGGACGCGGUCAUCAGCUCGAUCGCACCCUUCACUGGAUACGUAAGGUGCUCCUGCAUAGAGCUUAUCUCGAUGGUACGCGGUAUUAUGCGACCCCAGAGUGCUUUCUUUAUUUCCUUGGCCGGCUGCUUGAAAUCACCAACAACAUCUACUUGGCAGCCUAUAUAAAGCCGCUGCUGAUUGAACGUGUUCAGGAGCGCAUAGGGGCUGAUGGUAACGCUACGGCGCUCUCCAUGCGCCUUCGACUUUGUGCCUACCUUGGGCUACGCAACGAUGUUGACCUUCGCACUUUGCUUCCUCUGCAAUGUGAAGAUGGAGGCUGGGAAAUCGGGUGGAUCUACAGAUUUGGGUCCUCCGGUAUUAAAAUCGGAAACCGCGGUCUUACCACAUCCCUGGCCAUGAAAGCCAUUCUGGAGAUGCAACAACGCUUUCCUAGUCCCCCUUCGCCCCCUUCUGUGGUACCCGCUGUUCCCCUCGUCAAGCAAGCUGAUACCACUGCACAAUUGUUGGAGUCCGAGCGAUCCGAGAGGAGAGAGACCGAAGGAUCCGAGAUGGUGAUGGUCGAAGAGUAACUUGAUCCGAGCGCAAACCAAACAGGACAAAGUCGAGUGGCGUAGUGACGUUGGCUCGCGUUCUGCAAUAUGUAAUGUUUCUUUCUCAUAUAAUAGUUACCAAGCUACUUACCUUUAAAAAUGCCCUCAGUACUGCACAGGCAUCUCAGUUCCUUUCAAGAGACUGAGAUAUGAGUUAGAAUUGUUACCUAUAUUUACAAAGUCUGACAGCUACUAGUGUGCUUGUUUAUAGGCAGAUCAAACCAUUAACAGAG